UCAACAGCCGACCACAUUGUGCCUCAUAUUUCAAAGACCUUUUAAUGUGGACUCACAGCCACUGCAAUCUCUCCUCUCCAAGCCUAUAAAUAGACAUCAAAAUUGAACUUCAAUUUCAUUCCAUUCAAUUCCAACCAAUCAACUAAAGAGGGAAAUGGGUUCAAAAACAAUUGCUUUCCUUGGCCUUUUUCUGGCCGUUGUUCUUCUCAUCACCUCCGAGGUGACAGCCAGGGAUUUGGCUGAGACAACCCCUUCUACUACUUCAACUAAAGCUGCUAAACAGACUAAUGGGUUUGAUGAUGCCAAGUAUUAUGAUGGUGACGGUGGAUACAGAGGUGGGGGGUAUGAAGGUGGCGGACGGGAUGGAUAUGGAGGCGGCGGGUAUGGAGGUGGUGGCCGAGGUGGAUAUGGAGGCGGCGGGUAUGAAGGUGGCGGACACGGUGGAUAUGAAGGCGGCGGGUAUGAAGGUGGCGGACACGGUGGUGGAUAUGAAGGCGGCGGGUAUGAAGGUGGCGGACGCGGUGGAUAUGAAGGCGGCCGAGGUGGAUAUGGUGGCGGCGGAUACGGAGGCGGCCGAGGAGGAUAUGGAGGCGGCGGGUACGGAGGUGGCGGACGUGGUGGAUAUGGAGGCGGCCGAGGAGGAUAUGGAGGUGGCCGAGGUGGAUAUGGUGGUGGAGGAUACGGAGGUGGCCGAGGAGGAUACGGGGGCGGCCGAGGUGGAUAUGGAGGCGGUGGUUACGAAGAAGAGAACUAGCUUUAUAUAUAGGUGCUAAUAUUUAAGAUAUCCGUGCACCUUGGUAGAGUACGUACGAAUAAUGGGGAAAAUCUAACCAAGCCCUUCAGAUUAAUAGUCAUGUAGCAGUUUCUCUGUUUGGGCAAGGUUUGUAUUUUUCUAUGUUUGGUUUUCAACUUGUGUAAAGUCGUAAUAUUAUUGGUAUGUUUCGAAGUACAAGGAGCUAUAAGUUCGAAUA